AUGAAGAUAGAAUUGAAGAAGAUGAUGAUGAUGAUGAUGAGUAGCCGCAUAGCGCUUGUCACGCUUUGGCUGCUAUCAUUCUCAACUGCCUUAUUAUUAUUAUGUGAUGGUACUUCACAUGUAGUUUGCAGUGAAAAAGAAAAAACAGCUCUUCUCAAUUUCAAACAAGGUAUCAGUUGGGAUCCUUCCAACAGGCUAUCCUCAUGGUCCGGACUCCAACAAGAUUGUUGUACUUGGACUGGAGUCCGCUGCAACAAUGUUACUGGUCGAGUCAUCCAGCUUCACCUCUCCAAUCCAUACAAUCACUUUGAUGAUUAUGAAUCUUAUGAAACGCAAUUGUUGGGUGGGAAGAUUAGUUCCUCUUUGGUGGAAUUAGAAUCUCUGAUUUACUUGGACUUGAGUAUGAACAAUUUCAGUGGUUCUACUAUUCCAAGUUUCUUUGGUUCUAUGCCGAGUUUGAGAUAUCUCAACCUCUCUUAUGCUUAUUUUGAGGGAUUGAUUCCUCAUCAACUUGGGAAUCUCUCUGGGCUUCGUGUUCUUGAUCUAAAAACUGAUAAUGAUCAACUUUAUGUUGAUGACCUUAGUUGGACUGCUGGUCUUCAUUCCUUGGAAUACGUUGACAUGAGUUGGAUCGACCUUGGCAAGGCGGUUGAUUGGCAUAGACAACUGAGCAACCUUCCUUCCCUUUCAGAACUACGUUUGUCCGGCUGCAAUCUCCAAGGGCCGAUUUCUCAUCAGCUUGCCAAUCUAUCGAGCCUUCGUCAUCUCAAUCUAGGAUUUAAUUUUGUACUUUAUGCUGAUGAUCUUAGUUGGAUUGCUCGUCUUCGUUCCUUGGAAUACCUUCUAAUGAGCGGUGCUGACCUUCACAAGGCAGUCGAUUGGCUUCAAUCGGUGAGCAUGCUUCCUUACCUUUCAGAGCUGCAUUUGCCCUCGUGCCAACUUGAGAAAAUGAUUCCACCUCUUUCUUAUGUUAACUUUACGUCUCUUAAAUUCAUUGAACUUGGUUAUAACAAUUUGAAUUGCAAGAUACCGGAUUUGUUGUUUAAUUUCACUAGUAACCUUCAGUCUCUUGACCUAUCCGGCAAUUCCCUAUAUGGUCAAAUAGCUAGCAUCAUUACAGGGGAAAUCCCAGACGGGCUUGGGCAAUUGAAACAUCUUGAAUAUUUGUCACUUGCGGUGAACUCAUUGUAUGGUCCCAUUCCAGCAUCUAUUGGAAACUUAUCGUCCUUGAGAUUCUUAGAUCUUUCUGAUAAUAAAUUGAGUGACACUUUUCCAAAGAGUAUGGGGUUCCUCUCAAAUCUUGAGGAAUUAUGGGUAGGUUAUAAUUCCUUAGGAGGCAUUGUUUCCGAAGUGAAUUUUGCCAAACUCUCAAAAUUGAAGAUUUUGUAUAUGUCUUCAAACUCUCUUUUCUUCAACGUGAACUCUAAUUGGGUUCCUCCCUUUCAACUCGAGAUGCUUAGUAUGAGAUCCUGCAAAAUGGGUCCAAGUUUUCCUUCAUGGCUACAAACACAAGUAUCUUUGUACUUAUUAGACAUUUCCCAAUCGGGAAUUUCAGGUGCAGCUCCAGAAUGGUUGUGGAAGUGGGUGUCAGGUAUUGAUUUUAUCCAUCUCUCUAACAACCAGAUAAAUGGAGACAUAUCGAACGUGUCCCUAAACUCUAUUUUUGUUGAUAUUAGUUCUAAUCGUUUUGAGGGUUCAUUACCACGUUUGUCUCCAAAUGUUAGAUAUUUGAACCUUGCAAACAAUUCUUUCUUUGGACCCAUUUCCUCAUUCUUGUGCCAAGAGAUGAAUGGAGAAAGUAUGUUGAAGGUUCUGGAUGUAUCAAAUAAUAUAUUAUUAGGUGAACUUUCUCAUUGCUUGAUGCAUUGGCAACAUCUGACCCAUGUGAACGUGGGAAGCAACCACCUAUCUGGUAAAAUUCCAAAUUCAUUGGGUUCGCUGAGGUUUCUCGAAUCUUUGCAAUUGUAUGAUAAUAAUUUCUUUGGAGAAAUACCUUUAUCAAUACGAAACUGCACCUAUUUGAGACUCAUUAAUUUAGGUGGAAAUAAAUUUACCGGAUUCAUUCCGAGUUGGAUUGGAGACAUUUUAGACUUGAAGGUUCUCAGCUUAAGAUCCAAUAAAUUUAUUAGCAAUAUACCAUCACAAAUAUGCCAACUUUCUGGGCUUAUAAUUCUUGAUCUUGGGAAUAAUAGCCUAUCAGGACCAAUACCAAAAUGUUUGAAGAAUAUUAGUGCGCUGACUAUCGCAAAUUCUACACAUUAUGACAUAUUUGCUGUAAAUGUAGAAAGUUUGAAUAAUAUUCAACUUGGAGUCUACAUGGAUAUUCUCUCAUUGGUGACAAAAGGGAGAGAAUCAGAGUACAAGGAAAUCCUUAGACUUGUUACGAGCAUAGAUCUCUCACAUAAUAAUUUAUCUGGUUCAAUCCCAGAUGAUUUUUUUAGUCUUGAUGCGUUGCGAUUUUUAAACUUGUCUCAUAAUAAAAUUACGGGAAAGAUACCGGAGAACAUUGGGGGCAUGAAACUGUUAGAAUCCCUUGAUAUCUCGAGAAACUAUCUUUUGGGUGAAAUUCCUCAAAGCAUGUCUAAUUUGACAUUUCUGAGUUACUUGAACUUGUCAUACAACUUCUUAAAUGGAAGAAUUCCUACGGGCACCCAACUUCAGAGUUUUGAUGCAACUAGCUACAUUGGCAAUGCUGAACUUUGUGGAGCCCCUCUGAACAAUUGCACAAGAGAAGAAGAAUCUCAAGGUCGAGGUGUGAGCUCGAUGGAGGAAGAGGAAGAAGAGCAUGAAAUGGUUUGGUUUUAUAUUGGUAUGGGUCCAGGAUUUGUGGUUGGAUUUUGGAUUGUUUGUGGUACUCUUCUCCUCAAAAGGACAUGGAGGCAUGCUUAUUUUCAGCUUCUUGAUGAUAUGAAAGACCGGAUCUAUGUGGCUAUAUUGAUAAAGGUGAAUUGGUUCCGCAACAAGUUCAAGAGAUCUAAUGAAACAUGAAGAACAUGAUCUUCUACAAGAUUGCUGAUACAAUGAAUAAUUCCCUGCUGGACGUUUUGGAUCAACCGGGAGCUAGAUUUUGAAUGUGGUUGUGGAUCUGUUGUUGGUGUGAUAAUUUGGUUGCUUUGUUGGUUUGUUUGUCUUUCUUCUUUUCUUGACAGCAGGUUUUUUUUCUUCUAAUAAGUGGUUUUCUUUUAUGGUAAUGUAAUGAGGAGGGUAUGCCUUCCUAACCAAUUGUAUUGUGUGGCCUGGUUGUGUUAUAAAAUCUGGUUUGCUUAGGAAAAACAAA